AUGGCUAGUCUCUCGCUGACGCCUAUUCGAGUAGUCAAGUCGGUUCUGGCGUUUGUUCUGUGCCUUGGUGGUUUGCUGCUCGCAUCCGCAUACCUUGAUGGUGGUGAUUGGGGCUUCCUGCGUUAUACCUACCUUUCAAAGUUAGUUGUUUUUUCCACUCCCGACUACAUGCCACCUCAGGACUCCUUCUUUAAAACGAAUCGAUUUUCUGUGUUGCCUCUUAGUCUUACACCUGCUUCACGCCUUUUCAGCAUUUUCGCCGUGAAUACUACGCCCAACAUGGGUCUCUUCUGGUAUAUGUACGUGGAGAUGUUUGACCACUUCAAUACCUUCUUCGUGUGGACUAUGCAGCUGCUCAUCCUCGGUCUAUGUGUGGCCGCUGCUCUGCGCUUCUAUGAGGAUCCUCUAUUUUUGGCGGUGAUUUUAACCAUGUCAACGGGAAUUCUGAGGCCCUACAACAGUAUAGCCGACCUUGGAUGCUCGCUGGCCCUUGCUGCGCAUUGGCGUCAUCUCACCCCCCGUAAGUCAUUGUCACUUUUUUUAAAUGCGCUGACAGUGGGUUUUUCUUUUGCAUCAAGUACCUCGACCAAUCGUUGUUUGCAUAUCUCUUCUGUUUCCUUAUAA